UCACGGAUGGUUGGGGGACGGGCUGGUGACGGCGGUCGGGCUCUCCGGUUACAUCCCCGUGCCGUGCCGGCGCUCCGACCCGUCUCCUGUAAUCCAGCGCGGCAGCAGGGUUUAAUUAAUUAAUAGGGGUUGAAGGCACGGGGAGCUGGUGGAAGGCGAUGCCGGGGGAUGGAGAGCGGAGCAGCAGGAUCCCAUCCACCCCCCCGGUGUUUGGCCGAGGAUUCGGGGGGACUGGGGAUGCUGGGGUGCAGAGCAGGGAUGUUUUCCGGAGCAGCGGGAGGAAACGGCACAUGGGAUAGAGGGAAAACCAGGGAGAUCUCCACCAUUAAAUGUUUACCCCAACUGGGGAGAUGAUGCUUCUGUGUCAGAGGAAACUUGUAGCAAGACAGCUACAAGUUAAUAUGGCCCUGGCGAGGAGGAAGAGGAGGCAGAGGUGCUUCUGCUCUCAGCUGGAGCUUUGCAGAGCCGUCCCCUCGCACCGCACGCUUGCUCCGCGCUGCCCCAUAAAUUAUUUAAGUGCUUUUGCUUUCCCGUGUGAAAUAUUCAGCCCGCUGCCGAGGGAGCUGGGGAGGGCUUGGGGACGGGGGGGGGCGAGCACACGGAGCCUCUGGUGCGUACCCGGUCAGGGGAGAGGGAUCUUUGGGGAAGGUAGAAAUAACCCUGGGAUGGCGUCGCUGCUGGAUUUGGCCCCUCUGCCAUAAAUGAGCUGCCAGCCGGCGCUCACGCGGCGGCUCUGCCACGGCACGUGCCGGUGCCACCGGCCCCAGGUGCUGGCAGGAUGACAAGGUCUCAUGUUCUGCUCCCCCCCCCACCCCAGACAGGAGCUUUAAUUGAUGCUUUUUAACGAGAGGGCCGGACUCUGCUCUCGCUUGCGCCCGCUAUGGUGUAGGAGAUGUUUCAUGGGGGUCCCCGUUGGAUGGGGGCUGAGGUUGCAGCCGGGUGUUGGAUGAGAUGCUCGUGGGUGCCGGCCCGGCAGGGAAGAACACCAAACCUGCCGGCACCUCCGCCGGCAGGGCUGCCUGUCCUCUGCCAGUGCUGGAUUUGGCCCUCGGCUCCCCUGCCCUGCGACAGCGUGGCUGGGAUGCUGCUGUGCCCCGGCGCUGGCACGUGUCCGUCCCCAGGGCAGCGACUUUAGCUGUGUCACCGCAUCCCCACCUCGUGUGGGACAUCUGGAUGUCCCAGCCUUCAACCGAGCCCUCACACCACCGCUCAGGGCUGCAAACCCCACCCCGAAACCUGCAAAAUGGGUGGCAAACCCCUCGAAAAAGGGCUGUGACUGUCCCCAAAGCCACCGUUGGGACCACAACCCCGCCGUGCUCUUCCGGAGCGGGGAGGGACUCAGUGAAAGCAACGCCCGACUGCUUUUUUUCGGUAGAUGAAGCUGUUUUUUGAGGGCGUUUUCAUUAAAAAGAAGGAGGAGGUGUGUGUGGGGGGGGAAACAAGCCCUGAGCAGGGCUGGAAACUUCAGCGACAGGAAGGAAAUGGGGUGGUUUAUUUCGGUCUCGAGUUUGCUCAUCGGGGCAAGGCUUGCCUCUUCCGUGUGCCGAUAGCAGCCCCUCCAUGAACAAUGGGGUCACGGGGCCCUUCCCAGCAGGAAAACGGCUCGUUCCAGUGAAAUCUCCCAUUUGGUGCUGAGUCAGCAGGUCCUGGUGGGACAGAGCGUGGUGCGGAGGGUGCCGGGUUAACCGGCCCGGUGCUGAGCGGGAGCGAACGUACCGGGAGGUGAGCUUGGGUUUCCUUGGGGUUUGCAGCGAGCGACCUGCAAAACAGCCCAUGGGUGCUGGAGAAGGAGUAGGUUGCAUUUUUGGGGUCCAGGAAAGACCCCACCCCACCCGGCCACUGCUUCGUGCCUCAGUUUCCCCUCACGAGCGAUGCUCAUCUCCUCGGUCCCCGGCAGGAGAGGGCUGCGGGGCAGCCAGGUGUUAUUCAGUGCCGGGAGCGGAGGGUUGAUCUGUUAUUACAGUCGCUAAUUGGGAGCCGUGGGUGCGUGGGACAGCUCACAAGAGCCAGCGCUUCCUAUUUUUUAUGGGCUCCGUAGGUGGAGUUUGCACUUGCUUUAUGGCUGCGGUCGCCCAGCGAAGAGCUCAGGUGUGGGAAUUCCUAUUUAUCCGGGCACUGCUCCCGGCAAGGAGCCCAGAGCACCCCACAACCGCCGCGGGAUGCAAGGGAGGGGGCUUCCAGGGUGCCACACCACGGCAAAGCUCCGCUCCUUCUGGAAGAGGCUGCCCGCCGCGGGCUGAGCGAGUCCCCCUUACAGCCAAGGGAGAGAAGAUGGAGCCACGUUGCCUCUGCCCAUCUUGCCCGUCCCUCCGGGCUCGGCUCCGGCAGCAUCUCACGCACGGGGCUGUCAGCGUUAAAUGAGCCCGACCCGCCUGGGAGCUGCCGACGGCUCUGCGAGAGCAGCCUCUGCUUUGUCAUUUCUGUCUUAUUAAGCGCGAGAGCCUCAGCUCGAAGCUCAUGCUGGCAAAAAUCAAUGUUUUCGCAUCGAAGGAAAUACUUACAAACCUCCGUGUUUUUCCUAAGGGCUGUAAAUAAAGCUGCAUGCAGCAGCUCGUGCGGCGCUGGUGACGGCAGCUCCGUUACCGCUCGCUUAAUUCACGCCCUCGCAGAGCCUCGGCCGCCCUCGGGCUCAGGGUGCCGGCGUCUGGAUGAUGCCAGGGAAGCCGGGGCUCAGCUUGCACCGUCACCCGUGCACCGUCACCCGUGCACCAUUGCCCUUGCACGACCGGCUGCAGUGAGACAGAGCCUUGGCCGCAGCAGGGUAUCCAAGCCCCGUGGGAAGCAGGGGUUUGCUCCUGAGAGCCCGGAGUGUGCUCCGUGGCGGUAGGAGCUGGAUCGAGGAUUCCCAGAGGGGUCUGGGACUGGGUGGUGGCUCGGCCAGGGGGGUCCGCAGGGCUGCCCGCGAUGGGGACAGGCUCGGUUCUGCGCUAGAACAACCGACGGGGCUGCAGACAAGAGUCUCUCCUCUCCUCUCCAUACCCACAGCCGAUUUAUCCCCAUCCAUUCUCACACCAGCAGCAUCUUUUUGCUUAAAUAGCUCUUCUCCCCUCCCUAGUGAUGUAUUUAUAGCGUGAUCCCAUCCCUUCCCCGCUCUCGCUUUACCAGGCUGACCGUGCCACGUGCAAGCUCUUGUAUAAGCAACCCCCGUCUCUGCCCAUCCAUCCUGGCGCGGGAGCCGGUUGUUAUCAUGCUGUUCUCGGCUCCCCGUGAUUUGCAGCUCUGUGAUUUCCCGGGGCAAGAUGCAUCUCCAGGAGAUGGACACCUUCAGCACCAAGAACCUGGCCCUGCAGGCCCAGAAGAAGCUCUUGAGCAAGAUGGCUACCAAGACCAUAGCCAACGUCUUCAUUGAUGACACCAGCAGCGAGAUCUUGGAUGAGCUCUACCGGGCCACCAAGGAGUACACCCACAACCGCAAAGAGGCCCAGAAGAUCAUCAAAAAUCUCAUCAAGAUAGUCAUGAAGUUGGGCAUGCUCUACCGCAACGGGCAGUUCAACCCUGAGGAGCUGGUGGUGAUGGAGCGUUUUCGCAAGAAGGUGCAUACCUUGGCCAUGACAGCUGUCAGCUUCCACCAGAUAGACUUCACCUUUGACCGCAGGGUCAUGUCGGGUGUGCUGACGGAGUGCCGGGACCUGCUGCACGAGGCUGUCAACGGCCACCUGACGGCCAAAUCCCACUCCCGCAUCAACCACGUCUUCAAUCACUUUGCGGACUAUGAGUUCCUCUCGGCUCUCUAUGGGCCGUCCGAGCCCUACCGCACCCACCUGAAGAGGAUCUGCGAAGGGGUUAACAAGAUGCUGGAAGAGGACAACAUAUGAAGUUGGCCAAGAUGGGCCAUUGGCAGCGAUUGCCAGACUCUGCCUCCUGUGAGACCGAAGACAGGACGUAUGUCUGUUUUGACCAUCACCAGGCUUGACGUCCUCUUCUCUGUAGCGCUAACUCAUUUUUUCCUCAUUUCUACAAAAGACUGAACCUCUUGACUUUGUCUAACCCUUGCCCAGGGUCUGCAAACCCCUCCCUGUGCUCGGCUGAGUCCUUUCCAGGUGAUCCUGGGCUUCUGGGCUCCUGCUGUAUAGUUUGAUUUCCUUUGCCCACCAAGUGCUCUUAGCUCAGAGUCCAAGGAACUGGACUCCUCACCUUGAACUCUAUCAUAACCCUCCUCGGGGAAAACCAAACCAAAGACUCGCGGUGCCUAACACCUCUAAGGUGUCUCUGAGCGAGCGGGCAGUUGCUUGGAUGAACGGUUGUGAGACCGUAGUACCGGAGGGUUGUGGACCCCCAUGGUUGUCUUUCAGCAGCUCCACGAUGUGGUGGGAGCAAAUCAUGGUCCAGACUUGUGCUGCCCGGGGUGAGAAGGUGCUUCUGCACCUUGCAGGCUAGCAUGGGUUUUGGCCUCCUAUAAGACAAGUCCUUGAGACCAGAAGGAUCCCACCUCGCCUGGGCGAGUGGCUGUCCCUCGGGGCAGGGAGGGAGCUGGAGGAACCUGCUCCGUCCCUGCGUCCCAGGUACACCCCUUCAUCCAAGACCCAACUCCCCCCGCCAGCCUCCCACGACGGUACCACUGUGAUGGCUCCGACGCCUUCCUCGGUGGUUGUCGAAAGCUCUCCCUAGGAUUUCAUACGUUUUACGUGUCCUCGACUGAGUUCUGGUUGUUAUUUUUUAGCAAACUCUGUAGCCCUGAUGAGUUAUUUAAAUAAACUCACCUGUUUGGCCUGGGUGCUCCA